GUCGCUUUCGGGCUUCCGUAGACAUGUUAUGGGGAAGCACAGUAACACAACGUUAGCAUUUCUUUUCGGAACAUAUUUUUAUGGUCAGUGAGGUCCAGACCAUGACGACUGGUCCCGAGCACCGCUCCGUCUUCCAUCUGUCCCCAGAUGAGGAGGCUCUGAUCGGACUGAGAGAAGUCAACUCCGUCCUGAGGCAGGCUGUAAACACAAACCCAGCCUCAGAGGAGUUGGUAGACAAAUCCCCAGAGGAUGACAGACAGCGGGAGUCCAGCCUGGUUAGAGAGGUGUCAGACAAGAUGGUCUGCUCAGCCUGCAAAUGUCCUUUUAUUAGUCGUGAGGAACAGACGGAGCACUACAAGCUUGACUGGCAUCGCUUCAACUUGAGACUAAAGAUUUCGGGAAUGCCCACAGUCACAGCUGAGGAGUUUGAAAGGAAGACUGGAGAUGGUGACAUGUCCAGUAUCUCGGGCUCGGAGUCGGAUUCAGAGGAAGAGGACUCAGAUAGUGAGAGUGGAGGAACAAGCAGCAAUGUCACUGGCACUGAUAAUGAGAGCUCAGUUGAAACCAGUUUAUUUGCUGGCAGGCAUUCUAACAAGGUGGUUUUCCAGAACUCAGCUGGACAAUAUCUAUCAGUGUACCGCUGCAUUCUGCAGCGACAGUCAGAUGAUGAACAGGAAGCAGAAUCCCUCCUGAGGGCCAUAAGUAAGAAGACUGUGUGGGUCAUCCUCAUGACGGGUGGAGGCCACUUUGCUGGCGCUGUAUUCCAAGGAAAAGAAGUGCUUCAGCACAAGACUUUCCACCGCUACACAGUCCGAGCAAAGCGAGGCACCGCUCAAGGACUCAGAGACUCUCAGAACCGCAGUCACACGCCUAAGUCUGCAGGAGCUGCUCUGAGGCGUUACAAUGAGGCGGCGCUAGUCAAGGACAUUCAGGAUCUUCUGGUCAGCUGGGCUGAAAACUUGAAGGAAGCCUCUGCAAUAUUUGUACGAGCUCCCAGCUACAAUAAAAGCAUCUUUUUUGGUGGUCGUGCAGCUCCGUUUGACAAGAAGGAUCCCAGGAUCCACACACUACCCUUUCCCACACGCAGGGCAACCUUUCGGGAGGCACAGAGGGUACAUGAGGUACUUUCCACCGUCCAUGUUUAUGGGAAAGACACGGACAUGUCUGCAGUCUUUGCUCCAUCUAAGAAGGCCUGGAAAAAAUCAGUCAAACCCACAGCACAAAUAAAUACAGAUCAAGAGAAAGCAGAUGAAAACCAUGAUAGCUCUGGUGAAGAAGAGGGUGGAGACAUUCAGCUGGAGAUGGUGGAGGUGACAAUAGGAACUCUGGACCUCAGGGAGUCUGAAAUCUAUCCCUCCAGGCACAGGAGAAGAAGGAGGAGAAAGAAGGAGGAAUCCAAACUGCAAAAUGAGGAAUUGAGUCACACAGAAGCAGACGAUCAAGAAGAAAUGCCAGAGGCUACACCUGCAGAAGAUUCCCCCAAAGAGACACAAUCAAAGCACAAGAGGAAGAGGAAAGCACAGAGUAAGAAGCAACCAGAAGAAGUCGUUGAUGAGUCGUCAGAGUUUGGCCUGAGGGAUGAAGUGUUCACAGCCUGUAAGGUUGGGGAUGUGGACGCUCUACGUGUACUCCUUCAGCCACCUGGAGAAACGUCACAGAGUCAAGACCAGUUGGAUAUGAACCCUUCUGAUGUCCCUAGUCCUCUGACUCUCCUCAAUCAGCCCAUAGACUCGUCAGGGUUCACUUUGCUGCAUGUUGCCUCGGCUGCUGCACAAAAGGAAGUGGUCAGGCUGCUCCUGGAUGCAGGUGCAGACCCAGCCUGCAGGGAUAACAAAGGGCAGACGCCAUAUAUUGUCGGCCCAGACAAAGACACAAGGAACGUCUUUCGUAAAUACAUGGGUGAGAAUCCUGACAAAUACGACUACAUCAAGGCACAGGUUCCUGGGCCGCUAACGGCAGAGAUUGAAUCCAAAAAGACGGAGAAGAAAAAGGCACAAAAGGCAAUAAAAAAACAGCGAGAAAAGGAGCAGAAGGAGGUAAAGAGGAAACAAGAGUUGGAGGCAGAGGAAAAGAAGAAGUUUGCAUCUCUGACUGAUCGGGAAAAGAGAGCUCUGGCAGCAGAGAGGAGGUUAGCAGAGCAAGUAGCUGCAGCAGGAGUCGGCCUAUCUAAUGUCAAGAGAUGCUGGUUUUGUGGAGAGUCUCUGCUUGGGAAGAUCCCAUUUCAGUACCUAGAGUAUUCGUUUUGCACCCCUCGCUGUGUCCAAGAACAUCGAAAAGCCCACGCUCCCCCAGGCAAGACCUAACACCCAGGAAAUCCAUGUGCAAAAUCUUGGUUGGAAGGAAGCUGCCUCAUUAAAACUAAGUCGAAUUGGGCAGCCUUGAUAGAGUUCUAAUAUGGCUGUCUUGCCAAUGUGCUAGAUUCAUUUAUAACUCAAAACAUGCAUUUGAAAUAUUAUUUUUAUUAUGUCAGAUGAUCUCAAGACAACUGGAAGAAUAAAUUGUAUUAAACAUAAUGAAUGUAUAAUUUAUUCACAGUAUCUGCAACUAUGGAGAUUAAUAAUAAUUAAACAAAU